GGUGGGCAAAAGCAUCAUCAGAAAGAAGAAGGUAAAAAGUUAGUUGAAGAGAAAAAGAGAGAGAGAGAGAGAGAAUGGGAAAAAUGGUUAACGAAGAGCAACAGAAGCAAUCGCAGAAGCAGGAAUUUCGAAAGGGGCCAUGGACUGAGCAAGAGGACUUGAAGUUAGUUUCAUUUGUGGGGCUGUUUGGAGACAGGAAAUGGGACUUUAUAGCAAAGGUUUCAGGUUUGAAGGUGGCGGGAGACACUUGAUAGGUCUCAAUCGAACUGGUAAGAGCUGCCGCCUCCGCUGGGUUAACUACCUCCACCCCGGCCUCAAACGUGGCAAGCUCACUCCCUUUGAAGAGAAGCUUGUCUUGGACCUCCACUCCAAGUGGGGCAAUAGAUGGUCAAGAAUUGCUCGGAAGCUGCCCGGGCGCACGGACAACGAGAUCAAGAAUUACUUUAGAACUCACAUGAGGAAGAAGGCUCAAGAGGAGAAGCGCGCGCUUGCAUCACCAAGUUCGUCAAGCUGCCAUUCCUCACUCUCUUCAAACAACAACAACAACCAAGCUGUUGAUUCGCAUGCUUCCAAGAAAGCUGGAGAAGAGAGCUUCUAUGACACAGGGGGGCCCGUCAUGACUGUGGACUGCUCAACCGAUUUGAAGGAAGAAGAAGGGUUCUCCAUGGAUGAUAUAUGGAAAGAUAUUGAGCUUUGUGAAGAGAAGAACAUUGUUGUUUAUGAUGGGAAUAAGAGUGAAGAGGGUUGCAACUUCUCAAGUCCACCAUCAUGGGAGUAUUCUUCUGACCCACUUUGGGUGAUGGAUGAACAAAGUGUGUUAUUCCCAACUAGUGACCCAUAUUUUUCCUCAUUUCUAACUGGCUAAUCAUCACUACCAUUUAUUCUUUUUCCCCCAACAUCAUCAAAUAUUUUGUUCAUAUAUAGUAAUGUGUGUGCUUUUAGUAUUAAGAAACAAAGUCUCUAACAUGUGUAUAGCUAGCACCAUAUAAUAGUUCCUCCAAGUUUAUGCCAUGCUUUACUUCUAGCUACAUAUAGUGUGAUAUAGCAGAAAUAAAUUAUAAUAGCCACAAGAGUAACUACUACUACUACUCUAUCUAUAGUUUCUUAUGUCAAUGUCCCAAUGCCUUGCUUAUCUACUUUCAAAAGAAGGCAUCUUCAAUAUGAAUAUGUUAUGUUCUGUUAUGAAUGUAAAAUAUCAAGCACUUGUUUAUUU